UCACUGGUAUCCCCCGAGUCAUUUUCAUUAUAGAGAGAGAAAUGGGUGGUGGAGAGGGAAGGAUCGCAUAAAUGUAACCAUCGGAUGAACGCUCACUCACUCUCAACUUCAAGAGCGUGCCGCGAUGUCCCUCUUUUUCUACAAUAAACCCAUUUGUGUCUCUGUAUUUUCUCAGACUCUCCUCCUCUUUGAAUUCAAGACUACCCAGUUGUGGAUUUUCAAGAAAUGUCGUCUAUGGAGAAUAAUCCUCUUCCUCCAAUACCCGGUCGUGUUGUUAUUGCUUAUGAUGCUACCAAGAACCGCAAUGAAGGAGAGCUUAAACGCACUGUUGAUAGUAUCCGAUCGAGAGGUGACAUUCUUCAUGGAGGUGAUACACUCACGCUGCUUGGAGUUCUGCAUAAGGUCCCACACCCCAUGGGUUACCAAAUGCAAGCGUCCCCUGUUUCUUUUUUGGGAACAAACAUGAGUGUGCUGAAAGACGAAGUUUCAAAAAAGAUUGAUAUGUAUGUGAACAUGCUCCUACAAAGUGCUGAAGAAUGCAAAAAUGAAAAGGUUGACAUUGAAGUCAUGGUUACUGCUGGAACUCCAAUCCAGAAGGUGGUUUUACAAGAGGUUACAACUUGUAAUGCAACUUGGGUUGUACUUGAUAGGCACCUCAGGCGGGAUUUGAGUUUUUACCUUAAACAAAUAUCUUCCAAGGUGGCGUUAAUUCGUGAUAACUUGUCUGUGGAAGUUUUGAGACCUCAUACUACUAUUGAUACAGGCAAUGUAGAACAUAGGGUGGUCUAUUCUAUCUCCAAGCUUGUUCCACUGUCGGCUGUUCAAGAUAACGAGAACAAUGAGCAGUCUGUUAUCUUUUGCAGAAGUUGCUCUGCAUCCAUGACUUCCUUGAAAAGUUCUAAUAGGUCGUUCAUGGAGAAUAAUCCUCUAAUACCCGGUCGUGUUGUUAUUGCUUACGAUGCUACCAAGGACCGCAAGGAAAGAGAGCUUAAACUCACUGUUGAUAAUCUCCGAUUGAGAGGAGACAUUCUUCAUGGAGGUGAUACACUGAUGCUGCUUGGAGUUCUGCAUAGGCUUCCACACCCCAUGGGUUACCAAAUGCAAGCAUCCCCUGUUUCUUUUAUGGGAACAAACAUGAUUGUGAUGAAAAAUGAAGUUUCAAAAAAGAUUGAUAUGUAUGUGGACAUGCUCCUACAAAGCGCUGAAGAAUGCAAAGAUGAAAAGGUUGACAUUGAAGUCAUGGUUACUGCUGGAACUCCAAUCCAGAAGGUGGUUUUACAAGAGGUUACAACUUGUAAUGCAACUUGGGUUGUACUCGAUAGAGACAAGAAGAAAAAAAAGACCAAGCAACAAAAGGAAAAAAAGAAGUUAUGAACAGAUCAUGAAGUGAUGAAUAGAUCAAAAAAAAAAAGUCCAACUCACCCAGCAAAGAAGCAGACCAAAAAAAAAACAAAACAAAAAAACACCGAGAGACUAGAGACGAGAGACGACAGCAAGCACCCAACAAAGAAGAAGAGGAGACGAAGGCGAAUAAGGGAAACCAAAAAAAAAAAACCUAGCAUCACAGCGAUGAAGAAGCAGAAGGAAAAAAAAGAAAAAGAAAAGAGAGACGAGACGACAUCAAGCAGACGAAGAAGAAGAAGAAGACUAACCUGUAGCCGAAGCCGAAGUCGAAGUCUUCAAUCAAAGACGAAGUUGCAAUCGUAUUGAGCUGCAGACUGCGCGAUGAGAAGAGAUGACACUGAAAAAUUUUAGGGCUUCGACUCUCGUAUGUGUUGUUUGAGUUGCAAUCGUAUGUGUUGGACCCAUUCAAACUCAGAUCAGAGCCAUCGAUAAGCAUAAGGGGGCAAAAAAAAAAAAA